AUGCCAGCAAUUCCCUUUGUCGCCUCCUUCCUAGAGAAUGCUCUUGUGCAUCGUGCUACUGCAUCGCCCCCUAACGUGACAAUCGCUGCAAGUACCCCGUCUCUCGAGGUUGUUUGCGCAUGGCCGGUUUCUGGUCAAUAUGGCCCUGGGACCCGAGUCCUAUACUAUGUUUUGAUUGCAGCCUGUGUAGUUGCUCGCAAAGUAGAAUGGAUUCGGAACGCUUGUCUAGCGGCUGUGUUACUUUUCCCCGCUAUUGCGGCUCUCCAUGGAAUUGUUCUUGCUGCGCUUCAUGUCGACGGCGCUGUCGAUAUGGAUGUCUAUGGGGCAUUCCAGCUGUGCGCGAUCGGUAUAUUAACCGCCCCAGCGACCGUCAGGCUUUCCCGGACCUACUUCAAUAAUCCCGGCCGUGAUAUCAUCUUUUUGUGGACAGUCCUUCUCCUGGCUGGGCUAGUGAGCUUGAUUGUGGAAUUCAUGCGUCUCAAGCCCACUACUUGCCCAGCUGAUGACCCGGCAAGCAUUACCUGGGCCUCAACUGGGGGCAAAAAAGGUGGUGUGUUUACAUAUGGCUCCAACUGUAGCAUUGUUUGUACCCCGGACAAUCCAGUCUCACCAUUGCGACUAAGCGCAGCCGACAAUAUCUACGUGAUUCCAGUGCCUCAUGAGCUGUCAUUCAAUGCUACUACGCUCGUUGCGGCCGCAUGCUGCAUCCCUGCCAUCCUGUCAUUGGUAUCCAUGUGGAUUAAAAUCUUGGACGAUAACUGGGAGAAGUUCUCAAAUGGAAAGCCUAAGCAGGAGCCAGAUGAACCAAUUAUGGGAACCAACGGAGCUACCAUCAACCACAUGACUGGGAUUACCGACAAGAUAAGCAAAUGGUUAGCGCUCAUUGAGAUACCGGUGUUUGCUGCAGCAGUGUUGGCCAUUCUCGUGAAAGGCGAGAUGAACUUUUGGAGUAGGCAAAUGAGGUACCAAACAGAGCCUAUACAAAGCAUAGGUCAAUGGGCGCCAAUCGUUGGUACUGCACUCGCUGUAUUGGGGUCACUAUAUCUGCUUCUCUCUGCGGAUAUGGAAGCCGCGGGAAAGGAAGAUGGGCAGCAAGUAGAGACUAUUGUGGGGAAAUGCCCAAACUGCGACUGUACUGUUUCAGACACAGGAAGCAGUUCUGCACGAGGCUCUAGAACAAGUGCCGAGAGAAAUGAUCCGGAUAUCGAAAUGACAACCAUACGCCGCCCUACUACCAAUCAAACCACUAGCACUCAAGCCCAGCACGAUCUAGGAAGGCGAAAGGUUGCCCGCUUCUUCAAUGCAGCAAGUGCCAUUAUGACCGCCAAAGCCCACAAGCAAAUCGAAAAAACGGGGUUUAAACCCGAAGCGAAAACAACUUACCCCCAGACCCCAGGAGAAGAAUACAAAAACGUAAAUCUCCGAAAUCUACAAGACAAAUACAAAAGGUCAUCUACACCCGAUAACAGAUCAAGACCUGGAAGUUUCAUAGGAAGCAGGGACUCCGUGGAUAAUGGCGAAGGUAGCUCAAGGAGGCCCCGGAGUCCAACACGUCGCUCAUUGCCUGCCCCAGCUGCGUCGCGGCCAAGAUCCCGUCAAACUCACUCAAAUUCGCUCCCAAGUCGGGGGACAUUUGAGACACCAACGUUGCAGUGCCCUCCUGGGUCGGCGCCUGGGGAGUGGCAAAAAUUGAGUCCGUUCGAUACAACGCCGAGCUCGCGAAGUAGAGCACCGUCUAUCUCCGAGAUCAGCCCCACAGCAUCAUCACCGGGGCUUCAGUUUCCCCCGCAGAUAGUGAUAUCCACCCAUGAAGGUAGUUGA